AUGCUGAGUGAGAGUAGCGGUAGUGAGAGUAGUGCGGGGAUGAGCCUGCAGCGGGGCCUCUCGGCCAGCUCCUGGUCGGGGGACGCCCUGGCGGGGCAGUAUCGGGUCCUGGGGGACAUCGGGCAGGGCAGCUUUGGCACCGUCAGGCUGGCCCGCCACAUCCUGACGGAGACAGAGGUGGCCGUGAAAGUGCUGGGCAAGGGCAAGGGCGAGCCGGGCCCGGCCUCCAUCGGGUCCGAGGUGGAGAUCAUGAAGGCCGUGGAGCACCCCAACGUGGUGCAGUUGUUCCAGGUGCUGGAGACGACCGACCACAUCUACGUGGUGAUGGAGUACGCCGGCGGGGGCCAGCUGCAGCAGCACGUCCCGGAGGGGGUGGGCCUGCAGGAGGAGGAGGCGCAGGGACUGUUCCUGCAGGUGGCCAGCGCCCUGCACUACUGCCACGAGAAGGGCAUCGCCCACAGGGACGUGAAGGCCGAGAACAUCCUGCUGGACGGCCGAGGCCACGCGAAGCUGUGCGACUUUGGCCUGGGACGCCUGUUCACGCCGGGAGAGAGGCUGGACACCACGUGCGGCACGCCGGCCUACUGGGCCCCGGAGCUGUUCCUGGCGGAGGAGUACGACGGCCCCGCGGUGGACGUGUGGAGCCUGGGCGUCCUCCUGUACUUCAUGCUGACGGGGCGCCUGCCGUUCCCGGGGACCACAGUCGGGGCGCUGAUGGAGCAGGUCCUGCAGGGCACCUACGACUCUCCAGGCCGCGCGUCCGCCGCUGCAAGGAGCCUGGUGGCCCAAAUGCUGACGGUGGAGGCCGCGGAGAGGCCCAAGCUGGGCGAAGUCCUGCGGCACCGGUGGCUGAGCGCGGCCGGGCGGCCCUGCCCGAGCGGUGUCAGUGAGUGCGCCCCGGUCUACCCAGACCCCUUGACGGUGACGCUCAUGCUGGAUCUGGGUUACGGGCUCGCGGACACCUGGAGGUCCUUGAAGGGCCGCAAGUUCGACGCAGCCAUGGCUACCUACCUUUUGCUCAGGCACCUGCAAAGCCAGGGGACAGUCUUGGCGGUCCCAAGGAGGCGGCCAAGGCCAUCCUCGUCCUCGGGCUCUCUCGGGCUUCCCAAGCCCUGCCAGAGGAGAGCCAGCGAGCCCAGCCUUUACCCCCAGCGCAUGGUGACCGAGGCGCAGCAGCGGUGUGAGGAGCAGAGGGCCUGCAGGAGAGCCAGUCUGCCUGCCGUGGCCCUGCGCAGCCUGCAGGCCGGCAGCCUGGCGCCAGGAGGAGCCCCGCCGCAGGACCUUGCCGCCCUGCCGCCCAGCCCAGGGUCUGGAGGCGGCGGGUCACAGGAGGAGGCCCAAGGGGCCCUCCAGGGUGUGUCAAGAGGCAAGCUUGCCGCCGUCCCCACCGAGCCAGCCCUGGGUCGGGCGGGGCGCUCUUGCAGGGAAUGCACCAAGAUGGAGGGCCACAGGUCCCCCCAGGGGGUGUCAAGAAGCAAGCGCACCGCCCCCCUUACCUGGCAAGCACAGGGCGGGCCCAGGCUUUCUUCCCCUUCUUCCCCAGAAGGCACCAAGACCAGGAGGCCAGCGACCAGGAGGAUCCUCUCCGGCCUCGCCCCACCGCAGGACCUUUCCGCCGUGCCACCAGGUCCUGGGUCUGGAGGCCACAGGUCACAGGUAGAGGGCUGUAGGGCCUCCCAAGGGGUGUCAAGAGGCCAGCGUGCCGCCUUCCCCACCAAGCAAGCCCAGGCCGGGACCAGGGCCUCUUCCCGAGAAGGCACCAAGACCUGGAGGCGGGUGACCAGGAGGAUCCUCGCCUUCCUGGCACGAGUGUGCUGUUGUUGUUGCCUGGAGGCCCCCAGGACAGAGUCCAUUCGGGAAAACCGGGUGGCUCCGACCAGCAGAGGACGUCGGGCACACAGUGGACGAUCUCGAAAGAGAGUGGCUCCGGAAUCUGGGGUCGGCUGA